UGCCUUUUCUUUCUUUCUUGCUGUUCUUGUUUCUCUCUGUGCUGGUGCCUUUGUCUUCGUUCAGCUCAAUCCGGAGGCUGCAGGUCAGAUCAGGAGAGAAAAAAACACACCAGAAGACCAGAGAAGCAAGGGCGGAAUCUUCUCCAUGACUGUAAGGUAUAAUUAGAGACACUUUCACAGCAUCUAUUACAGUAUGCACGCUCCUCUCGCUCGUGCUAUGACGGAGAUGUUUUUGCUGGCAUCGCUCGCGCUCCUCAGCCGCGUGCCUUCCAUCGGCUCUUUCUCUGAUGGCGAGUACAUCUGGAGCUCGGGGAGCUCUGGCCAGAGCAACUGCGUAGAAAUCCCAGAGGAUCUGCGGCUGUGCCACGGCGUCGGCUACACACGCAUGCUGCUUCCCAACCUGCUGGAGCACGACAGCAUGGCCGAGGUGAAGCAGCAGGCGAGCAGCUGGGUGCCGCUCGUGCACAGGAGGUGUCACCCGGGCACGCAGGUUUUCCUGUGCUCGCUCUUUUCACCGGUGUGUACGGAUCCAUUGGUUCGUCCUUGCCAGCUGUUUUGUGAGUCUGUACGUGACGCCUGCAGCCCCAUCAUGAAGGCGUUCGGCUUUGUCUGGCCAGAAAUGCUUAACUGCAGCAGGUUUCCACUCGAAAAUGACAUGUGUAUCUCUAAGAACGCCACGGCAUCUCUUGAAGAGUCCGAACACAUGCCUGCAUGUCCACCGUGUGAGGUCAAGAUGAACGCAGAUGGCAUUCUGGAGAACAUGUGCGCCAGUGAGUUCGCGAUCACAGCAAAAAUAAAGAAAACGAGAAUCAAGAAUGCAGAUAAGAUGGUGAUACUACAGAAGAAGAAGAAAGUAGUGUGGGAUGGAGGUCUGAAAAAUGAGCAACUGAAGAAGCUGGUGUUGUAUCUAAAAAACGGAACUCACUGUCCCUGUCAACAACUGGACAAUACGAGCGAUCAAUAUCUGAUCAUGGGACGCAAAGUCGGGAAACACUACUUACUGACUGGCAUCCACCAGUGGGACAAAGAGAACGGAGAGUUCAGGAAACUUUUGACCCAAAUCAAAACCUACAAAUGUCCUGCUCUCGAUUCCGCGUUUAAAAUAACUACACCCACAAAAAGCGACGAGCACGAUAACCCUCCUUCAGUGUUCACACCUUAGCGAUUUUAUGCCUCA